GAUAUCUUUGCCCAGAUCUCGAGCAUCAAGGAGCAGCUGCAGGAUGACAGCGAGCUCCUCGAUACCCAGACCCAGACGCUGUCGAGCCGGGUCCUGGAGCUCGCCUAUCCUGCAGCAUACGAGCGGGCGGUGGGGCCCAUCAAGGCCCGUAUGAUUCAUAACCAGGUCAAGUGCUGUGCGCUUUGCAAGCUACUCUAUGGAAUCGAUGCUACCCAGACAACCAAGGAGGGUCUUGCGCUUGCCCAGCUCUAUUUGGACCAGGGGCUUGUCGAGCAAGCCGCCAGCCACCUGUCUCAGAUCAAGGGGACCUGGCGACAGAUCCGAUUCAGAUAUGCCCACGGAUGGCAGGACGGCACGUCAUCGGGAAGUUGUCCCUCUGUGUCCCUGACUGCAACACUACUGCGGAUAGAGGCCGAGCUGGAACUCUCGAAGCGCAAUAUCGAGGCAGCCCGCAAAUGUCUGGAUCGAGCAGAGCAGCUUUAUCCAAGUCCAAGGUCAUGGGAGCUCUAUGCCCGAUCGUUCUGCACAUCCUCGGGCGAUCCGUGGGAGUCCAUACGCUGGUAUACCAAGGUUCUCGAGAAAGAAAGUCGAGAUGGAAACAUCCGGGAGGAAAUACGCAUCCACAAGAUGCUCGGCGUGAUCUACCUCGAUAGGACCGAUGUCGAGGGCCGAGCGGCGGCAGAGACGCAUUUCCAGACGGCGCUGGCGCUGACCAGCAGCCGCUUUGGCCCGGAGAGCGACGCAACGCAUCGGCUCGAGCUCGACAUUGCCCAGGCCUGCUUGCAAAAGGGGGCGCUACAGUUCGGCAUGGCCCCGGCGCUCAAGCUGGCAGCCUUCUUGGACGAACAUCUGACUCAAGGCCAUGAUGCCAACGUGUCCUGGCGGUUUGUCAAGGAUAUGACUUGGCAAUACCACAUGGAAAUCGGCGACUUUGGCCAAGCCCGGCGGAUUGUCAGUGAGAUACGCCGCAAACAAACCCUGGCGAUGCCACACAUUGCCGCUCUCGUCGACAAACGGCGCGAAACCGAGCUGGACUUGAUGGAGGCCAUGGCGCUGAGCAGAGGCGGGUAUGAAAGGAGUGCCCUGAAGAUCCUUGCCAAGGUCGACUCGAGGGUCAUUUUGAAGAGCCAAAAACUUCGAGCGAGACUCAAAAUGGUACUGGCUUCAAUCACAGAGCAGGCGCUGGUGGCAUUCAUGCUCCGCUCCAAGCCCGAGCUGCUGUCGUGCUGCGGAGUUACGCAGCCAUCGACUGCCUCUCCAGCAUGGAACAAGUACAGCCAGCCUGUGCGCGAGUUGCGGCGGCCAUCUGAAAUAUAGCGUCGGUCUG